AUGGAUAAAACAGAGGAUGUUAGUAUUAGAAGUAACCAUUGGCAGAGACUGCUCAGGUGGCAACGGGGGCAGAAGGUGUCUGUGGAAGGAGAAGAUGGAAUCAAGGAUGAAGCGAAACAUAAACCUAAACUGGAUCUGAAGCUGAAACUUAACUGGAAAGAGUGGGUGUUAGAUCCGGCAGAUCAGUUUUAUUACGUCUGGCUACAGGUCAUGAUCCUUCCCAUCGUCUACAACUGGGUGAUCAUCAUUUUGAGGACAUGCUUUGAUACAAUUGCACUGAGCUACCUCCCUGUGUGGCUUACACUGGACUAUGUGGCAGACCUCAUGUAUGUAGCUGACAUGAUCAUCACUGUUCACACAGGUCACUUGGAGCAGGGUAUCCUGAUCAGGGACCUAGCUCAGCUGAAGAAGCGCUACCUGCACUCUAAACAAUUUUUACGUGACUUAGUUUCCUUGCUGCCCACCGACCUUCUCUACUUUGUCAUUGGCAUCCAAACGCCGCUGGUGCGGGUCAACCGCCUUCUGCGAAUACCCCGACUCAGCGAGGCCCUGGACCGCAUGGAGACGAGAACCUCCUACCCCAACACCUUCCGCAUCUCCAAGCUCAUGAUCUACAUCUUUGUGUUGAUCCACUGGAACGCCUGUCUCUACUUUUCACUGUCCAACUACAUUGGCUUUGGAACCGAUCAUUGGGUUUACCCCAACAUCUCCCUCCCAGAGUACGCCUCCAUGCGUCGACAGUACUUUCACUCCUUCUGGUUCUCCGCACAGAUUUUCACCACUGUAGGAGACACCCCGCUGCCAAGAAGAGAAGAGCAGUACUUGUUUAUGAUUACAGACCUGCUCAUUGCUGUGCUGGUCUUUGCAUCGAUUGUUGGCAAUGUUGGCAAUGUCAUCACAAGCCUAAGAGAUCGUGAUAAUGUCUUUUUCCCUAACCACGAGCUGGUGAAGGCUUACCUGCGCAGCCAUCAUAUUAGCAAGGAGCUUCGUCAGCGAAUCGACAACUGGUACCAGCAUCUUCACAUCAACAAGAAGAUCAUGAGAGAGAAUGAAAUCCUGCAGCAGCUGCCCUUACACUUGAGGACAGAGAUUGCUGUCAGCGUUCACCUUCCCACACUCUCCAAAGUCACCAUCUUCCAGAGCUGUGAGAAAAGUCUGCUGGAGGAGCUGGUGCUUAAACUAACACCUCAGGUGUUCAGUCCAGGAGAGUACGUCUGCAGAAAAGGAGAUGUAGGCCAUGAAAUGUACAUAAUCAAAGAGGGGAAACUUGCAGUUGUGGCAGAUGACGGGGUCACACAGUUUGCUGUGCUGACUGAAUCAAAUUUCUUUGGGGAAAUUAGUAUCCUCAAUAUUAAAGGUAACAAGUCAGGCAAUCGCCGAACUGCCAACAUCCGAAGCAUUGGCUACUCCGACCUGUUCAGCUUGUCCAAAGAAGACCUGACAGAUGUGCUGUCAGAGUUCCCUGCCGCCAAACGUCACCUGGAGGAGAAAGGCAGACAGAUCCUCACUAAGAUGGGCAUGUUGGAGGAAAGUGGGGAGGCAGAGGAGGGGGAGGCAGAGAAAGUCGAAACCAAGAUACAGAGGCUGGAGAGCAACUUGGAAGUCCUGCAAACGAAGCUAGCUCGUCUAAUGGUGGAAUUAGAGUCGAGCAACCGCAAGAUGCAGGCCAGGGUGGAGCAGCUGGAGUGUGAGGUGGCAGCACUGGAGACUCAGCUGCCAGAUGAUGGGGAGGAAGGAGAAAUAGGUGAGGGAAGAGGUGAAGGGGUGGGAGGAGAGGUUGGAUGGGAGAGAGAAGAGGCAGAGGGAGAGGAAGAGGAGGGCUCAGAUGGAAAGGUAAAAAAACAAGGACAGGGAGAAGAUGGUAAUGAUGUGACCAAAGAGGGAGAUGGAGAGAGCACUAAAAGUACAAAGGAAGACAUUGAAAGGAUGAUGGGGGGAGAUAAAUCUGGGCAGAAAGACCCAGACGACCGAGAAAAGAAAAAAGAAGAUGAUGGGGAGAAAAACAAAGACAAGACAGGAGAUGACCGGCCUGGUAAAGGAGAUGGAGCUGAGAUUGAACCUGAAGAUGAGAAAAGUGGAGAGAGAGGAUCUAAAGAAGAAAAUGAAAAGACUGAUGAAGGCUCAGAAAAUAUAGAAAAUGAGCAGAAAGAGGAGGAACAGAAAAAAAUGAAUGAAAAGGCAAAAUAAAUGAAAAAGAAAACUAUUUAAAAAAAUAUAAAAGUAUGUAUUUUGUCUGUAGAUGUUUGUCUGUUUUAUAUUAAUAAA